GAGCUCAGCAUGUAUACCGGCUUCAGUGUGACCAAGCAUGGGGACAGAAGGAUGGAUGGCGAGCUGAGGCUAUAACUUGUUAGUUUUUCUUUACUUCAUCUGCUACAAAUUCCGGCUUAGAAAUGGAUAUUCUUUUUGAGGAAAAUGCUUCUUUGAGCUCAACUACAAACUCCUUAAUGCAAUUAAAUGAGGACCCAAGGCUCUACAUCAAUGACUUUAACUCCAGAGAAGCUAACACGUCAGAUGCAUUUAACUGGACAGUGGACUCGGAAAAUCGAACCAACCUUUCCUGUGAGGGCUGUCUCUCACCACCAUGCUUCUCCUUACUUCAUCUCCAGGAAAAAAACUGGUCUGCUUUGUUGACAGCUGUAGUGAUUAUUCUAACCAUUGCUGGAAACAUACUCGUCAUCAUGGCAGUGUCCCUAGAGAAAAAGCUGCAGAACGCCACCAACUAUUUCCUGAUGUCACUUGCCAUAGCUGAUAUGCUGCUGGGUUUCCUUGUCAUGCCCGUGUCCAUGCUAACCAUCCUGUAUGGUUACCGGUGGCCUCUGCCUAGCAAGCUCUGUGCGGUCUGGAUUUACCUGGACGUACUCUUCUCCACGGCUUCCAUCAUGCACCUCUGUGCCAUCUCACUAGACCGCUAUGUUGCCAUCCAGAACCCCAUCCAUCAUAGCCGAUUCAACUCCAGAACAAAGGCCUUUCUGAAAAUAAUUGCUGUUUGGACCAUAUCAGUGGGUAUAUCUAUGCCAAUACCAGUCUUCGGCCUACAGGAUGAUUCCAAGGUCUUUAAGGAAGGGAGUUGCUUACUUGCAGACGAUAAUUUUGUCCUGAUCGGCUCUUUCGUGUCAUUCUUCAUUCCCUUAACCAUCAUGGUGAUCACCUACUUUCUAACUAUCAAGUCACUCCAGAAAGAAGCUACUUUGUGUGUGAGUGAUCUUGGCACACGGGCCAAACUAUCGUCUUUCAGCUUCCUCCCUCAGAGUUCCCUGUCUUCGGAAAAGCUCUUCCAGCGAUCAAUCCACAGGGAGCCCGGGUCCUAUGGCAGGAGGACUAUGCAGUCCAUCAGCAAUGAGCAAAAAGCUUGCAAGGUGCUGGGCAUUGUCUUCUUUCUGUUUGUGGUGAUGUGGUGCCCAUUCUUCAUCACGAACAUAAUGGCCGUCAUCUGUAAAGAGUCCUGCAAUGAGGAUAUCAUCGGAGCCCUGCUCAACGUGUUCGUUUGGAUCGGUUACCUCUCCUCAGCAGUCAACCCACUGGUAUACACACUGUUCAACAAGACCUACAGGUCAGCCUUUUCCCGGUAUAUUCAGUGUCAGUACAAGGAAAAUAAAAAACCAUUGCAGUUAAUUUUAGUGAACACUAUACCGGCCUUGGCCUACAAAUCUAGUCAACUCCAAAUGGGACAAAAAAAGAAUUCAAAGAAAGAUGCCAAGAGCACAGAUAAUGACUACAGUAUGGUGGCUCUAGGGAAACAACAUUCAGAAGAUGCUCCUACAGACAUUAUUAACACAGUGAAUGAAAAGGUUAGCUGUGUGUGAUAGACAAGUUGCCAUAGCAACCACAGAGGGCACGCUCGGCAAAUUUUCACCUAUUCUGGGGAAAGAAAAGAAAAUAGGGAGACUGGGAAAAAAAUUAGGCCAGUCUAGUAGAACCAACAAUAAUAUUUAUAUGCCUCAUUUUAUUCUGUCAACGAAAAAAAAAAAAGCAGGGUUAAAUGACACAAAACGUGCACUUCAAAAAUGUUCUGACAGCAUUUCAGCUGUGAGCUUUAUGAUACUUAUUUUUAACAUUGUAAAUGAUAUGUCUUUAAAAUAAUUAGCUUUUAUUGUAUUAUUAUAAUGAGGCCAUAAGUCUAAAUUACCUUCUAUUUCAAGUGGAAACCUUGCUACUCUGUUGUUGUUAAUUGAUGGCAUGAGUUGGUUACCUAUUGCUGUAAAUAACAAUAGCUACAAAUAGUGAAAAUUGGUUGAAUAUAAUACAAUGACCUCUUAAAGAAAAAUCUUCUUUAAAACUUACUAUGCUACAUAUUUUGAACAACAAAAAAAGACACUAAGGACAGUGUUAUGAAAUCUGUAUUGCUAAGAUAAUUAAAUGAAAUACUUGACGACUUUUUCAUUCCUGCUUUUUCAUAGAUGUCAUUUGGAAAUAUUCACAAAGUUGCUGGCAUUUGCUGCAUUUCAAGCUAAUUCUUCUCAGAAGUGAAAAAGUUUUAAAAUGUUAUUUAAUAACUACUGCUGCUUUCUCUUCUACUCUUUGUGCUUUAUUCUGAAUCUCCAAUGUGGUCUUGUUUAGUGUUUGUUCUACUAGGUAAACUAUCAAAAGGAUAAUUUAACAUUACUAAAUACGUUUCUAGAAAUUGCUUCUCCUCAACAGCACCAUAGCAGUGUUUGGUAACUCGCUCUUUGAUGACUGCACCGUGCAUGCGCGCCUUUGAGCAGUAAGCAGUAUUGAUGUAACUGUGUCACGAUUGAGGAAUAAACUCAGGUUUUUGGCUACUGACAGCAGAACCUUAGGACGCCUCUGUAAAAUGCAGGUGGCUUUCCUAUUGGCCCCAUUAGGUAAACUGAUGCUUUAGAUCAGUCUAUAUUCUUUACUAAAACUGUUCAGCUUUGGCCUCACGAUCAUCUACUGGGUGUAUACUAUCGGUGAAGGAAUGUCCUAGGUACUGAAGAUAUAAAAAUAAUUAAAACAAGAUCCCUGCCUUUAAAGAAAAUG